AUGCAUGUCGGAGUUGUGGGCCCGGAGACUGCGUGGGGGACAGGUAAUUGUUCCGGCCAGUUUUUGGGAGAGUCACCAGAUGGACAGAAAACGGUCAUGGAGAAGUCGUUGGCACUUGUUGAGACCACCUCAUUCCGUAGCACGAAACUCGCUUCAAUGGGGCUCAUGUAUAUGAAUAAAUUCUGA